UUAGAUAAAUGGAAAAAACUGAAUGAAAAAGGCGAACAGUGUCUAUCGCAACACACGCUUGGCAAUCAGCCUUCUAACACGUUUGAGAAUAUUUUGGAACAACUCAAAGAAGUGUUAGACACAAUGAUCGAUGAAUAUACAUCGCUAGUGAAAACGGCGGGAUUUGAGGACAGUAAAGGCAGUAACGACAAUAACAGACUACCGUAUGAACUUCAGUUAAUAAGGGAUUGUAUCGAUAUGUUCGACCAAGAGUACGCGGUUAAAGAAUCAAUUAAGAGUGUCGUUAGUGGAGAAGGCUUUGCAACACAACAGCAUUUAGCGGGCUGUAUAGCUUUAUGGAAAGCUGAGUCUUAUUUAGACGAAGAUACCAUUGAGAAGAUUAAAGAAUUAAAAUAG